AUGCAGCUGAGACAGAGCCAGAGUUCCAAAAUCCAAAGGACUCUUCACCUGAUCAUCCAGUGCCCCGCUUACUACAAAUACAUCACAAAUUUGAACAACAUUGUUAUCCUAACAAAAAGAGAAAGGGAGAUCAUCAAGAUGUGGAAGUUCGUCAGAAAUUUGCAUGCUGCGGUGGUUUUGACAACCAUAGCAAUGGCUGUUAUGGCACAUCCCUCAACUCAGCAAGCCGUGACGAAGCUUCAUGUGAAAAAUGAGCUAUGCGGUCUCAGACUGAUAGUGCAUUGUGCAUCCAAAGACGACGAUCUUCAUGCCCACGUGCUCGACACGGGCUCUGCUUUCAGUUGGGAGUUCGAAUCGGUGAAUUUCAUUUGUACAACUGUUUUUUGGUGCAACCUCGCAGUCCGGAACAACCAUCUUUCUUUCACCGCGUAUAACGCGGCAAUUCGUAAUAGACAUGAGCAUUGGGUUGUCAACGAGAAGGGAGUUUUUACUGUAGGACAUCGUUUGAUUUCUGAAUGGAGGUAUGGAGCGUUGUCUGUCGAUAAAUCACAUUGUAACGUUGGGCCUUGA